AUGGCUGUCGUUCUCUCCUCGGACGAGAAUUCCUACUUCUCAACAUCAUCAUUACGCCGAUCACACUCACAACCCAAAUUCAACACAAAUCAGACGUCGUCAUUUCCCUCGCACCCCGCCGCCGACAGCCGCAAGACCGACAGCAGCUACUCGCAUCCCAAGAUCUACCCGGACUCGGCUCCAUCAUCUGCGCCUUCGUCGCCGCAAUUUGCGUCGACGGAAUCGACAGACUUGUCCUAUGCGUCGACCCCUGCGAGCAACCUGUCAUUAGCGUCUGACUGCGACGAUGCAUGCCCGAUACCAGUACACCCCGACGACCAUUUUGUCCUACCGCAUUACUCGGCCGCGAACUUCUACGACCCGGAGGACCUUGAGCCACCCAUGAGCCCAAGAACUGGCGACUCUUACACCGUAUCGCCGGCUGAAAACGAGAACGACAACUCUGGCAACACCUCGAGGCCAGGGUCUCCAGAAUUUGUCCUCGAAGUUGACCGUGCCGAAGAUGACACAGCUGUCAGGGUACAACCGACAAGACAUGUCGAUUAUCUUUCGCACAACUGGAGGGAGGAAGACAUUUGGUCGUCGUGGAAGUACGUUGUGUCUCGGCGUUCCGAGUACAGCAACAGCGCCCGCUUAGAGAACGCGUCGUGGAGAACCUGGAUGAAGGCCAAGAACAAUUUGCGAACCGUAUCACCCGAAGCCCUCAACUGGCUCAAAGACUGCGACGUUACGUGGUUGUACGGUCCUCUGCAGACUGGCCACAACAACUUUGCACCCAUCUCUUCGAGUCAGAACAGCGGCAUUCUGACCAAGAACAACUCGUUCAUCCACAAGAAGCCCAUUCUGAAAAAGCGGAGCAUGUCCGAGGUCAUGCUGCAGAGGUCUCUCUCCGCCUCGUCACUGGUGAAGACGGCGGCCGCUGCAGUUCAGGCCCAGGAGAGCUCGAGCGGCGGCAGACGGCUUUCUCGGCCUACGCUUGAGCGCGCCUCGACCACCGACUAUGUAGCGUUUCCCUUCUCGUCCCGUCGACUCAGCAGAGAUACAGCUAGCAGUCUCGCCCCAUCUGUCUCCUCAUCUGGCAUUGCAUCGCCGAGUGUCGAGAGGAAACACAUUCACUUCAACGAGCAAGUUGAACAGUGCAUUGCCGUAGAGAUCAAGGGAGAGGAGGACGAAGACGAAGCCAUGUACAGCGAUCGUUACGACCACAGUGACUCGGAUGAAGACGCCAUCAUGAUGAAGCGGAGCAAGACGAAAAAGCGCGUUCCCAUCGCGAGGCGGCAGUCCAAGAAGAAGAAGACGACGACCCAGUCCGAGGGCAAGACGAUCGCCAUGCUUCCGUCGACUACAUUGAAGUACCGCGAGGAUACGCCUGAGCCUGUCGAGACAGCCAUGAAGCACAGUACAGGCAUCUACCGUGGACCCAUCUCACAGUCUUCCUCUCAGGAGACUCUGCGACCUGCGAAAUCCUCGGGACGAUUCUUCAUCGAAGACGAUGACGAUGAAGACGCUGCUAUGGAGGAAUUGCUCAGUCCCCGGGGCGGUUGGCAAUCUCCGGCUGCCGACGAGGGUGCUCUGCAACGGACGCCGUCCACGGGCAGUCUGAAUGCGGAGCCAGCGGGCAUGCGUCGCACGCCGUCCGGCAUGUUUAUGCCGUACGAAGAAGGCGAAUCUGGUUCCACGAAGGCAUCAUCGGCCGUGUUGUUGAUACGGUCAACACUGCCAGGGACAUAG